AUGGCCCGUCUCGCUGUCCGCCAGAAUGGGUCUUGUCCGGCCGAUGCGCAGUGGUAUGUCUGCGCUGCUGGUGGGUUCAAGGGCUGCUGUUCGGUCGAUCCGUGCACGACGGGGGUUUGUCCGGAUGAGAGUGGCAGCAGUGGAAGCACUAGAAGCAGUAGUAGUUCUUCUUCGGUGGAUUCUGUCCCUGCUACGAAGGAUGGGCCCGUGACUUUGACGACUUUGGUUCAAGAGCCUGCCACAUCCAUAUUAUCUACUUCCUCUGCAUCAUCAUCAUCAUCAUCAUCUACUCCUAUUUCUUCGUCAGAAACCAGCACAGAGGCUCCAUCAUCUGUUAGGAGUACAUCGACAGCCUCAAGAGCUUCUUCCACAACGAUGGCCACAACCACAUCCUCAACUCCAAAUCAAGAUCCUACCACAACACUCUCUUCGACAACAUCAACACACUCUUCCCACUCCACCACUACCCAAGCCAGCCUCGCAACAUCCCAAGGCUCAGGCACAUGGCACCCCACCGCAGCCCUAAUAGGGGGAACAGUGGCCGGCGCAGUAGGCCUCCUCCUAUUCAUCAUCCUACUAGUAUUCUGCGUCCAGCGUGCUCGAAAGCGAAGACACCAGACAUUUAGAUUGCUACGAUGGCGCAGUGGACAUAACAGCGAACCCAAGUCACCAAACGGAACCUCUCCCCGCCUACCACCAACAGCAAGAACCAGACCCAGACCUAGAAGCAGAUGCACCUCCCUCCUACCCAAGUACACUCAUCACACUCACACCCACAAGUACAAGCACAGUCACAGCCACGCACCAUCCCUCCCCCCCUUCACAUUCCCCGACUCAGCACCCUCUUACCCCUACAAAAAGAACCGAGCCGCUGAGCUCAGCGACACGGGAUUCUACCGACCUCGUGCUGAGCUCCCCGCUCAAUCAUCUCGGGAAUUGAUCAAUAUACCCGCUGAGAGACGAUGUCGAUGGGACUGUGAUGGUGGGGAUGGGGCGUCGGAUAUGAUUGUUACGGCUGAUGGGGCGGUCCUGAGGGCGACGAUUAAGACGGUGGAGGCGGAUAGCCCUUUUGCUAUCUAUGAUGAUGAUGCUAGGACUACCACUAGGGAUGAAGGUCCGCCACAGUAUUCUGGGGUUGAGUAUGGGAUGAGCGGAGGGUGUAGGGUUUGGGAGGAUGAUAAGAAUAGGAUAUAA